AUGAACAACACUUUUGCAAACAAUGCUGGAAAUUAUCGAAACAGGACCCUAAACGCCUCGCCAAAAUGUCAGAACAUAAGUUACAAGAUAAAUUCGAUUGAAAAUGGGGCUUCGAUAUUUUGUACCUUUUGCAAUAUACCAUUUAAUUCUAAGAUGAGACUGAACCCAUGUUACCACAUCAUCUGCAGUAAAUGUUAUGAAUUAUGUGCACAGCAACAGAUAUGUGUGAUUUGUAAUUCAGAAAUAAACGAUGUAGAAUUUCUUUUCAUUAAUGAAAACAUAUUCGUCUGUCCAUUUAAUGAUUGUAAAAAGGGAUUCCUUAAUUUCAAGAGUUUUAAUUAUCAUAUUCAUUUCAAGCAUGAUUUUUUAAAGGAAAAGAGUUAUAACAUUGGUGCUGGUACAACCAAUCAUGAUGUUGGAGACGGUGGUGAUGGCAGCAACAGCAACAGCAGUAGAAUUAGCAGUAAUAUUAGCAAUUCUAAUAAGAUAAAACCAGAUUCAUAUUCCAUUCCAACAAGUGAGUUAAUUUCUACUUCCUUUUUUCAAAAUCCAGAUGCUACCAGUAAAUACAGUGUCAAUCGCUUAGACGAUCAGGAAUACACCCAAGAUACUGACAAAAGGGAUUCAAGUGAUGUUAUGGGUUCAGUUAGCCCAAUGGGUUCAAACCUUGUACAUGGAAACAUUGGUUCUGUCAGUGACGUAGCUCCUGGAAGGGAGAAGUCUUUUGGAAUAUACAAUCUAGAUGUUAAAAAUUUCUCAAUCGAUACCAAAAAUUUAACGCUCCAAAAUAUGAUUCAUUGUGGAAGUGUCAACAUUGGUAGUAACAAUAUUUCAAAUGGAAAAACUACAAACGCUGGCCAAUUUUCAGAAAAAUGGAAUUAUACCAAUGUAGUAGUACCAUUUAAAUCUGACUUCAACUCAUUUAAUUUUCCACUAACCGAUGAACAAUCUCCUCCAACCAACAACCUAGGUGACCCGAGUGUAAAGGGUAACCCUGAGGAGGAGAAGGAGGAGGAGGAGGAAGGGGACUAUGACAAUUUGGAAGAUCUUAUGUGA